GUUCUCUAUAAUGGAACAUGGGGAACAGUGUGUGAUGAUGGCUGGGAUCUGUCAGAUGCUGCAGUGGUGUGUAGAGAGAUGGACUGUGGGAAUGUGAUCGAGGCAAAGAGUGAAGCUUAUUUUGGACAAGGAUCAGGACAAAUAUGGAUGGAUGAUGUUCAGUGUGCUGGGAAUGAAUCUACACUAAAAAACUGUUCAUCAAAUGGAUGGGGAGUACACAACUGUAGCCAUCAACAAGAUGCUAGAGUCAUCUGCCAAUGUGAGAAAAAUAUUCUUACAAUUAAAUUGGUGAUGGGUGACAACUCCUGUUCUGGACGAGUGGAGGUUCUCUAUAAUGGAACAUGGGGAACAGUGUGUGAUGAUGACUGGGAUCUGACAGAUGCUGCAGUGGUGUGUAGAGAGAUGGGCUGUGGGGAUGUGAUAGAGGCAAAAAGAGGUGCUUAUUUUGGACAAGGAUCAGGGCCAAUAUGGAUGGAUAAUGUAAAGUGUAAUGGGACUGAGUCCACUCUUCUGAGCUGUCAGUCAAAUGGAAGGGGAGUACACAACUGCAGACAAUCCAAUGAUGCUGGAGUCAUCUGCAGUGUAUCUGUCAGGUUGGUGAAUGGAGACAACUCCUGUUCUGGACGAGUGGAGGUUCUCUAUAAUGGAACAUGGGGAACAGUGUGUGAUGAUGGCUGGGAUCUGACAGAUGCUGCAGUGGUGUGUAGAGAGAUGGGCUGUGGGAAUGUGAUCGAGGCAAAGAGUGUUGCUUAUUUUGGACAAGGAUCAGGACAGAUAUGGAUGGAUGAUGUAAAUUGUGCUGGGAAUGAGUCCUCACUAAGGCACUGUAGGACAUCUGGAUGGGGAAUACAUGACUGUGGACAUCAUAAAGAUGCUGGAGUCAUCUGCAACUCUGUCAGGUUGGUGAAUGGCGAUCACUCCUGUUCUGGACGAGUGGAGGUUCUCUAUAAUGGAACAUGGGGAACAGUGUGUGAUGAUGGCUGGGGUCUGUCAGAUGCUGCAGUGGUGUGUAGAGAGAUGGGCUGUGGGAGUGUGAUAGCGGCAAAGAGUGGAGCUUAUUUUGGACAAGGAUCAGGACAGAUAUGGAUGGAUGAUGUAAAUUGUGCUGGGAAUGAGUCCUCACUAAAAACCUGUAGGACACCUGGAUGGGGAAGACAUAACUGUGGACAUUAUGAAGAUGCUGGAGUCAUCUGCAACUGUGAGUCAAAAACAUUCAAUUGAAUAAUUUAAUAUUAAACAUUUUCUUUUUUAAAGGAAUGAUCCAACAGAGCUAAAUAGAAGAAAUCUUGAAUUAAAGAAUGUCUUGUUCUUUCAUAUGCCAUAUGUCAUUGCUCUUUUUCAAAUAAAAGAAGGCAAACAAAUUUGUGGGGGAAAAAACAAUUUACUUAUAUCUUUAUAUUAUUUGUGUG